CGGAUAUAGAUGUGCCACAGACAAAAGUGUGAGCGGCGGAUUUGAUGUCGUCGCCGCGGGUCGCUCGAACGGUGUACCGGGAGCUGCUUCGACAUGCGAAGCUUAUGGACAAGCACGCUGCCGUCAAAGCGCUGAUUUCUCCAACGGAAGUGUCGUCCAACGCUCGGUGUCAAGAUGCAGUAUCGGCGUUGCUGCGUCAGAAGAUGUACUACUUGCCAUAUGCAUCGGCUGCAGACGUAGUUCGCAAUGCCUUUCGGUCGCCGUCGUCGGCAGGAGACCUCGGGGCUGCGUUCAUGGCCAUGCGAUUCACAAGCGAGAAGUUGCAUGUUUCCCGGCAAUACGGUCUUCUCAACGAGCCCCCUUUCCCUCCCACACGAACUUACGACCUCUUGAGCACAUCCCCACGUGCUACAUCCCCGUCGUCUUCCUCCGUCGCAAUCACCACGCAGAUUCGCAGCGGGGUGUUCUUGAUCGCCCAUCCCAUGCUGUUUCGGCCAUUCGAGCAAUCGGUGGUGCUGAUCACGAGCCACGGUGAAACCGGCACCACGGGCUUUGUGGUGAACAUACAUUCAGACAAGAAGCACACGCUGUGGCCCAACUACCGACUGGACGCGCAAGUCCAGCCGCUGUUCGGGUCACAUCCCGUACUCUACGGAGGGCCCGUCGGCGGCGGGUCCGUGCAGUUUUUGCAUUCCCAGCCCAACAUUGGCGGCAUCGCCGUCGACGCGGCGUGCCCAGAUGAUUCGAGUCCGCUUUUCGUCGGCGGCAACCUCUUGGACUUUGCCAAGCUGCCGCACUCGAAAGAAGUGGUGUUCUUCAACGGAUAUGCCGGGUGGACUCCGCACAUGCUCGAGAAGGAACUGGACAUGGGAUCGUGGAUCAUGGUCACGGCGCCCCUCUCGUUUGCGAUUCACCCCCCCACGCCCAACCUGUGGCGGCAUCUGCUCAAGCAGCUCGGACACGAGUACGACCAAUUUGCGCGCAUCCCGCCCAACGUCGACUUUACAGUGCACGUGUCGUAAGUCAUUUAUCACAUGCUUUAAUAGGCGUCUGGUAAUAACAUUUCAAGAAUAAUGUAAGAAUAUUACCACAUUCUGGCCAAA